AAUAGUCCACAAUUUUGCGUAUGCAUGAAGGCCCCGUUUGGAUUCCUGUCUACCUGUUGAAGGAUUUUGACUUUUGGACUUGGACCAAAGGCACGUGACGAUGAAUGGUAUCAGGCAGUUGAUCAGAUGCCUCACUGUUCAGGUAUAGCGGUAUAAGUGUUACUAGUUCACCGUUGUUCAGAUGACAGAUAACAAGCAAACUGAUAACGUGUCACCAUUUAAGCGACUAGUCUCUAAAUCACUUAUUAACCCUAACUGAAGGACUCUGUAUCCAACUACACACACCUGGGUUCAGUCACAGUCACGACACUGUCAAUAGUUUGAUCCAGGAAGUAAUGGCAUUUCUCAGCAUCUUUUCACACCACGUCAAGGAUAGCAGAGACAUUUAGCUCUGACUGUUAAAACGUGCACGUGAACGCUUGUUAACCUGUCUGAUACGGGGGCGUGCCUGCAUAAACGGGACGUUAUCAGCGCGCUGUAGUGUGCAACAGCUGGUUUGGGUUGGAUAUACAGGUAGAGCUUUGGAAUAGAGGCCUAACGCGCAUGAAAACAAGGAAACACAUAAUCAACUGACUUUCAAAUAAGUUGCGAGCUGUACUUUUACUGGUCACUUGAACAACUAAAUGAAGGAAGUGAACGCACAUCGCCAAAUUUGAAAAAGGAAGAAAAUGAGGGGCAUCCUGCUGUCCGAAUAUUGCCUCCGGUCAGACAUGAUGACCGGCAUGAGUGUGACGUCACAAAAUGACGUCCUCCUUGUCAACAAGUCUUAUCCCUGCAUAGAGGUUUACAAGCCGGGGACAGUUGGGACCUCCCCAGCCUCUCGCACCCCGGGGCUUUGUUCAGACGAGCUCUUCACCCCCUGGGACGUGGCGGCCCUGCCUUGUGGAAAUUUUGCCGUCACGGAGCCCCACGACGCAUGCGUGAAAAUAUUUUCUGCAGACGGCAAAGUGGUCAGCACGAUACAUGGUCAAGAGUUGAAAUGCCCAAGAGGAAUAGCGGUCAACAGUCAAGGGAACAUUAUAGUGACGGACUCCCAGGUGAAGUGUGUGUACGUGUAUUCAGCAGACGGGAGCAAACUGGAGCAUGUCAUUAAAGGUGCCAAAGACGAGGGGCCACUAUUCGUUCAACCGUUCCACGUCACGGUGAAUCGCCUCACUGACAGCAUUAUCGUCUCUGAUUACGGCAAAGACUGCCUUACCGUAUUCGACUCCGAGGGCAACUUCCUUUAUAAUUACGGCGUUGACAUAGCAACGCUGAUGACGUCACAUCACGACGGGGACGAAAAAGAGGCUUCGAUGCAUAAAGAUACGUCGUCAAAUGCUCACGUCAUAGACAAGGUCCACAUGAAGGCAGACCCGGCAACUGAACAUGUUGAAAAAGUUGAAACCAAACAUAUAAGAAGACAAAGCAGUCUACGCGAGCGACUUUUCGGGAGGAAGAAAAGAAAAGACUCCCAUUCCGACGAGAAGCAUCACCAAAACGGUAAAUCACGUGACCAAAAAAAUGUUGUCAAAGAGGAGGCGCCUAAAGUGAACGGAAGCGAGGUGAACCAGGCACAACCGGUGAAAUCAUUCGCUCCCCGGAAACAGCAUGUUCUCUACAGUCCCUUUGGCGUUUGCACCGACAAAUUCGGUCUCAUUUUCAUCGCGGAGUACACAAAUCAGAGAGUGCAAGUCGUCACGGCGGAUGGACAUUUCAAGUGCAUGGUGGUUCAGAGGGAUGAUGGGAUACGUUAUCCGAGAGCCGUUGCCAUUGACAAUAAUGGACAUCUCGUGGUCGGGGAACGCUUUGGUUGGGUGAAAACAUUCCAAUAUAUAUGACACUUAUGACAUUUGGCAGAUAGAGUGAGGAAACUGUUUUGAGUGUGAUAUUCAUUUUGGAUUUCUCAUAGGAAAAGCUAGAACAGUUCUCUGACAAAAAAAGAAACGAAAUUGUCGCAAAUGAACGAACGCACUGCAACCUAUUGAAUUGGCAAAAAGGCAUUUGAACAAGGUCUACAAUAGACCCAACCAUCAACUUUUCAGUUCGAUGUACUUUUUCACUGAUUUUUCUAUUACGCCAGAUAUGGCAAUGACAAAUACCAUGAAUGCGGUUUCAUAUUCAACUAGUUAUAAUCAUAAGCUGUUGGCUAGGCUUUCCAAGGAUGACUGUGAAGAUAUCCCAGAGAAACAGACAACGGAAAUCACAUCUCGGAUCAAAAUGAACGUCCACGUGGAAAGAUAGAGCGUGGGAAUAAAUAAUGACUAAAAAAACAU